CAUUAAGAACUGAACCUGAAGAUACACCUCUUCAGAAAAAACUAAGCAAACUCGCUGAUGACAUCGCAAAAUUAGGUGGAGGUGCAACUCUUCUCAUGUUAAUCGUACUAUUAAUCAAAUAUUUUAUCAGCUUUAAUUUUGGUAUUCCAAAUACGACAUCCAUCAUUCAGAGUUUGAUCAGAAUUUUAACUUCAACCGUGGCUUUAAUAGUAGUGGCAAUUCCUGAAGGAUUACCAUUGGCUGUAACAUUAGCACUUGCUUUUGCAACAACUCGUAUGUUAAAAGAUAAUAAUCUUGUGCGAGUUUUAUCAGCUUGUGAGACCAUGGGAGGUGCAACAACUGUAUGUUCAGACAAGACUGGCACAUUAACUCAAAAUAAUAUGUCAGUAGUUACUGGAACAAUAGGGUUGACUUUAAAUUUUUUAAAGGACCUAGCUCGUGCGAAUGAUUUUAGUAUUCCUAACCUAAAUAGGCCUAUCUCAUUACAAAAACUUAAGGAAACUCUUUCACCUGUUAUUAUGAAUUUGUUGGAAGAGUCGUUUGUAAUUAAUUCUACUGCAUUUGAGAAUGUAUCUGAAAAUG